UAGUCUUGUCGAUACAACUGUCAUUUACAGUGGACGUGGGGAAGGUAGGGAAGAACCAAAGAAUAGUAAAUAGUAAAUAUGUUUAGCUAACUGUACAAAUUAAGUUUUUUAACAGCAUAUAUUGAACGUUUUCGACAAACAUGCACAAAGAAGACUUGUUUUAGUGUUCUUCAGAAGCGGAUAUCUUGGCGAUAUUUUUCCUGAAAGUGAUACGAAGCAGCAGAAUGUCAGCUCCCACCAACUCGCUUCAACAGCAGUCCACAGUCAGACGUAGCAAUGCAGGGUCCCCCAGUUUAUCCAACAGCUGUCGUUUGCACCCCAUCCGUGCUACUGUGCCCUACCAGCUCCUACGCGGGGGCCAGAGCAGCCCGACACGCUCUCCUUCUCACUCUGUUGGAGGCAACAAUGGACCGACAAAUAGCCGCGGGUCAUCUCCCCCAAGUGCGACACUGAAUCUUGGAGUAAAUUGCACUGGUGCCACGAGACAGAGACUGUCUCCUGAAAAUAGGGUCUCGCACUCACCUGACCGGGGUCCAAACUCACCCGUUUGUAGAGGAGAGAGGUCCAAACUGCAGGCGCGUAGCUCCAGUGCUAUCCGGCGGACAUCUUCCCUGGACGCCAUUAUGGGGCCGUACCUCACAGGCCAGUGGCCUCGUGACUCCCACGGACCCUACCCUUCCUGCAUGAAAGACAAAGCCACACAGACUCCUGGUCUGUGGAUAGAGGAUGCUGGAGGGGAGCAGGGAAGCCCACACCAGCGGUCAGCCUCCUGGGGUAGCGCAGACCAUCUGAAAGAGCAGAUUGCUAAACUCAGGCUGCAGCUCCAGCGCAGUAAACAGGUCAGCCGCCAGAGCAAAGACAGGGAUCAGCAGCCGGGUCUACACACCAGCACCCCAUGCCAACCCCAGAAUAAGGUGGUUUCCACAGCCCUGUUGAAUAUCCCAGUGCCAAAGUCCCUCAUAUCGAGAGUGCCUAGCAGCGUGGAGGGCAUCAACCACGAGCUGGAGAAUGUGUUCAUCAGAGAGGAUUGGAAGCAGGGAAUACAGGCUUUGGACGUGUUGGACGGCCACCGCGCCCCCUUUCAGCCUCAUCGCUACGGCAAUGGCGGUGACACACGCGACACGGAUACCCAGGCCCCCUCUAGUGGCGGUUCCAGCCCCUGGCCCUGCCCCUUCACCCCUGACCCCCUCCACUCCCCAGAAGGCAGCCCCUGCUCUGCAGAAGAGCUUGACAAAGACAGCGGAUGCAGCUCUCCCCUUCCCAAGUUUGCCACCUCUCCCAAACCCAACAACAGCUACAUGUUCAAACGGGAGCCUCCGGAGGGGUGUGAGAGGGUCAAAGUGUUUGAAGAGAUGGUGUCUGGUGUCUCCAAAGGCUUCCCUCUUUUUUCAUGCCCAGACAAAAACAAGGUGAACUUCAUCCCCAGGGGCUCCGCCUUCUGUCCCGUCAAACUCCUCUGCUCCUCCCUCUUCACCACAACCUCUUCCAGCCCUGGUCUCCAUGGAAAAGGCAGCACAUGGCCCGAGGACGCCAUGACACCCACUAGUUCCACCACUCUAGCCUCCACUAACUGGAGCUCGUCUAUAGGCACAGACAUGGUCAGUAGCUCAGACACAGGCGUAGGCACCGACACAAGCACAGAGAACAGCACAGACAGUCUGAGCCGAGACACAGGCCCUAACACAGACACUAAUCAACUGACAAGCACAGCAAUGGUCUCAGACGGCCUGUCUACAGAUCCCUGCUCCACUACACACAUCCUUCUUACCAGCUAGUUCUCAGGGACAGUCCAGCUGCUGAGCAUUAGCCUGGUCCCAGAUCAGUUUGUGCUGUCUUGCUAACUCCUAUGGUCGCAAUGACCAUAGGAGGUGGCAAAACAGCACAAACAGAUCUGGGACCAGGCUAGCUGAGUAUGGCUCUUUUAAUGCAACAUUAGCCAGCAAGGAGGGCCUAUUCUUACUAACCUAGCCUUCUCUUCUGCAAGGUGUGGCAGGCAACAUCCUCCAGAAAGACUUGUUUUCUUUUCAGAGGGUAGAUUCGAUUGUUUCAUGUAUUGUGUUCUGUAGCAAUCAGCUUUAUCAAAGUCAAUUCAAGAAAUUGAGAAAAAAUUUAAUGGGCAAGAGAAGAACAUAUAUUUUAUUGAAUUUUGAAAAUGUUUAUCUAACCAGCUUAUUUAGCUGUUCUGUGUUGCUAGCUAAUAUUACAGCAUGGAUAAGCUUUUUAAUGGAAAAAAAAAUAACAUGCCUGUUUAUAUUGAAUACCCUAUUGGGACGUCCUACAGUUACAAUACAAUGCUCCACUUUUCCCCGAAUGUUUCUACUUAUUUCAGGUCUCAGUCCAGUUUGUAAACUCAUGACAAAAAGCUAAAGAAAGACUAUCUGAAAGUGACCCAACAGCCAGCUACAAAGCACAGUGUUCCCACAUUGCCUUGUUUCAGGUCCCCUGAAGAACCAAUGAACUCAGGUCAUUUGGAAUGUACUACUCAUGCAUGAACUUCAACGUUGCCUUUUAUGGUUAAUUCAUGACAUUACUCCUAAGACAUUCCAUAGUCUUUAAACAAGUGCUGAUUCUAAUCUUUCAACACGACUUAUUAAAGGAUUGCCAUCGAUAGAAAUGAUAACCUGGUGUACGGGAAAUCCGUAAAGAUAGUUUCAAGUGCUUAAGACAUUCCAGAGGUUAUUAUAUUGUAGCUCCAAUAUAUCAACAGUAUUAGCAGAUUUAGUAUAGUCAAAAUAAGGCCUAGAUUCAAUCGGAUUAAGCGUUAACCAGCAGUCAGAGGUGUUACUGCGUUGGAGCUGUUAAAUCGGUGAACAGCUGCUCCUGUGAUCAUUGUCACGAAGCCACACCCGUCCCACUCGCGAUAGAAAUUCAGAAAGAGAAAGUGUAGGCUAUAUAGAAAUAAUGACGCUCAAAUUGAAAAUCAUUCAACAAAAUAAUGAGAACUUCUAUCGAGGUAUAGAUUACAUCUCACGUUACAGUGUUCAAACUUGUAAACAAGGCUGCAUGGGAUUUCUCUUAAUGCGUCUCCAUGCAGCCAAUGGCAAUGUCCGCUUUAGGUAUAAUGCCGGGAGCCGCUUGUGGAUUUGACAGCUCUAAUGCGGUUGUUGGCUAGUGCAGAUCUGAUAGAAUCUACCCCUAAAAACAAUAUUUUAAGCAACAACAAAAAAAUAAAUUAGGAAAAAAAGCAAAGCAGAAAGUUAAAUUGUACGAAAUAGAUAAGCAAUCAACAAACACUUAUAAUUCUGUCAAUGUCUCACUUAACAUUGAGGCUAAUGAUAUUUUCAAAGCACUUAAUUCCAGGCGGGAUAAUCACUAUUUAAUAGUAAUAUUACACAGUACUAUAUAAAAUGUAAAGCAAAUCAGAUAAUGUUAAGUGUGCAAUUACAGAUCUGUUAAAAAAAUACAAACUAGUGUUGAUUUGACGUUCAGUAUGGAGUAAAAUAUUUCAUGAAACUGUACAAGGGCUGGAUUCAAUCCGUGUUGCGGAAGUACCGCGAGAACAUUGCCUUUAAAUUGUGCUAUAACGUGGAUCUCCCUCGAUACUUCUGCGAUACGAAUUGAAUCCAGUGCCUAAGUGUAUUAUGUAUCUUCAAUACAUUACGUUAAAACCCCUUGGCAAUAAUAUUUACAAAUAAUAAAAGAAAUGCUUUUUCAAAUAAAAAUAGCCAAAACCAUUUGCAAAACGAACAAACAUAUGCAACACAAUCCACUCAAACCUAGAUGUAUAUUUUGUCGGUAAAGAUGACCGCUGCUCCGUGACUAGUUUGAAUCAUACUAACACAUUAUUUUCAAAGUUCAGCAAGGCUUGCCAUGUUCGGCACUAAUAUAUCAUGCCUGUGUAUUCCAUGUUUUAUAUGUAGACCUUGUGUGUUUUUACAAUAAAUUAAGCAAUAAAAUCA